ACCGGCCGUUUUCUACGGGCGGUGCAGUGGACGGGAGUAGUACCCUUUCUUUCUCUUCGAAGAAAAUGCGGCGGCGUGUGGUAUAAACCCCGCCCGUCACGCCGGGCCGUCCGUGCGUUUCCUUUUGUCUUCGCUUGCUUCCUUUCGAAAGUCCUUGCGUCACACUCGCCGAUCGAUCGAGUCUCUCCGGAUUCCAGAGAGGCCCAACUGCCGAAGCCAUCGAUCGCCGCCACCUCUUCGAGCAGGUGAUUAUUCUCCCUCUUGCUCUUCGAUCUCAUCUUCUCUGUCUCCGCGGAAUCGUACUAAUCUCCCGACAGAUCGCCUCACCAAGUCACCAGUCACCAGGCCUUUGACUGGUGUUGUCCGAAUAGUUGAGAAUGGCUGACGAGGAUAUCCAGCCUAUCGUAUGUGACAAUGGCACUGGAAUGGUCAAGGCCGGUUUCGCUGGUGAUGAUGCGCCAAGAGCUGUCUUCCCCAGCAUUGUGGGAAGACCACGCCACACCGGUGUCAUGGUCGGCAUGGGCCAAAAGGAUGCCUACGUAGGUGAUGAGGCUCAGGCCAAGAGAGGCAUCCUGACACUGAAGUACCCGAUUGAGCAUGGCAUUGUCAACAACUGGGAUGACAUGGAGAAAAUCUGGCAUCACACCUUCUACAACGAGCUCCGUGUUUCGCCUGAAGAUCACCCUGUGCUGCUGACCGAGGCCCCUCUCAACCCCAAGGCCAACAGAGAGAAAAUGACGCAGAUUAUGUUUGAAACCUUCGAAUGCCCAGCAAUGUAUGUUGCUAUCCAGGCUGUUCUUUCGUUGUACGCUAGUGGGCGAACAACUGGUAUUGUGAUGGAUUCCGGUGAUGGUGUGAGCCACACGGUUCCAAUCUAUGAAGGAUACACACUUCCUCAUGCUAUUCUCCGUUUGGAUCUUGCGGGGCGUGACCUCACCGACCACCUAAUGAAGAUCCUCACAGAGAGAGGGUACUCCCUCACUACGAGCGCUGAGCGGGAGAUUGUCAGGGACAUAAAGGAGAAGCUUGCCUACGUUGCCCUUGAUUAUGAACAGGAGCUGGAGACUGCCAGGAGCAGCUCCUCUGUCGAGAAGAGCUACGAGAUGCCUGAUGGUCAGGUCAUCACCAUUGGGUCAGAAAGGUUUAGGUGCCCCGAGGUGCUGUUCCAACCAUCCCUUGUUGGCAUGGAAUCGCCUGGCGUCCAUGAGGCCACGUACAACUCCAUCAUGAAGUGUGAUGUUGAUAUCAGGAAGGAUUUGUAUGGUAACGUUGUCCUCAGUGGGGGAUCUACCAUGUUCCCUGGGAUUGCCGAUCGUAUGAGCAAGGAGAUCACGUCCCUGGCUCCUAGCAGCAUGAAGGUUAAAGUGAUUGCGCCACCUGAAAGGAAGUACAGUGUCUGGAUCGGUGGCUCUAUUUUGGCUUCUCUCAGCACUUUUCAGCAGAUGUGGAUCUCCAAGGGAGAGUAUGACGAAACUGGUCCGGGCAUUGUCCACAUGAAGUGCUUCUAAGUUUUUUUGGGAAAUUUUUCCAAAAAAAAAAAGAAGUUUCUGGGGAAGUUCGACAUGGUACGUCAGGCGUUACCGGCUCAUUGUGAACCAAUACAUGAACUGCCAUGAUAAGGUUAUAAGCAGAAAUAACAGUAGCACUGGCUCCAAUUCCUGAAGAUGAGUCUGGUGCGCCCUGCUGUAUGAAAUGGAUCCCACUCGUAUAUUCGUCACCGCGCCGCACUGGUGUAACGUGUUGCCUCAGAGUUUGCUUUUAGCUGGUUCCUUUUUUAAAAAUAAGUACUGUUUUUGGUUGGCUACCAGUCAUUUUGAACUUCAGUAGCAAAUUAUCUUAUUUAAUGCUUGCUUUUUCAUAUUU